UGGGGUCUCUGCUAGAGAAAAUGUAAAAGCAGAACUCCCCCCUAUCCCCAAAUUUUAAUGGUAACCCCAACUACAUUACCCAAAUGUGACAGAGAGAACAUAUAGAUAGAUGUGUGCGAUGCAUCCUCCUAGAAGAGAUAGAUAAUUAAGGAUUGCAGAAGAGGGGCACUGAACCCUUGAUUUUUUGGGACCAAUAAGGGGCGCAAAACCGGUGCAUGCCAUGCGGAAUGGAGAAUAGAUAAAAAAUCAGGGACAACCAUAUAGCGGUGGAUGUAUAUAUGGACUCUGAUGCUUGACCAGUGAAGAAGGGCAGAGGCUGGAUGCAUUUUCUCACAAGGAAUAAGGACUAUGGACAUGGCCAGGGGGCACUGCCAGCUGGCACCUCUGCUGCUCCUUAUGGUGCUGGGCUCUGCUGCAUCCUUGGAGCCUGAAGACAUUUGGGAUGGAGGAUCUGGACAGAUGGCAGAAGAGGUGAACGUCCUGGAAUACCUCACCGUACACUCCACAGACCUCGUGAACAUCUCUCUCAGUUCAGAACAUUCCUGCCUCUCUUUAGAUAUGGGACAAUACUCCACUCUCAGCAUCUCCACCAGGGCGGCUUUCGGGGACAGUUUCGCAGACGAGUUGACUGUGAUGACCAAGUUACGCUCGACCCUUCAGGAAGACACGGGCCUCAUCACUAUAUUAAGUCUACACGGCCAGGUGCUGUUCCAGAUCCGCAUUAACCCUAGUGCCCUAAUAUUUAUCUCCAGCCGACGCGGACACUAUGAAUUCCCGAUCUCUACCCUGACUGAUGGAAAAUGGCACCGGGUGGCACUUGCCAUCUCCUCCAAAGCUGUGACGCUAUAUGUGGACUGCAAGCUUGUGGAGACCCUGCCUUGGUCUAACUUUUUCGGGCUAGGGGUCAAAACCGAUGGAAUACUAAUGCUGGGAGGACUCAUUGAGCCAUAUGACGUGCCCUUUAAGGGGUCUUUACAGCAGCUGAUCUUUGUGAUGGGGGAACCAGGCGCUGCCAGACACUACUGCAGGAAUUACAACCAGACUUGUCUCAGCAGCUUCUCAGCAGAAAAUAUUGUCAAUGCAUCUCGAAGGGAACACGGCACGCGCCGCACCCCGUUUUCCAGGUUGGAUGUGGGAGAGACUCCGACCUCAGGAUUGGGACACAACUCCAGUACUCACUCAACUGUGCAAGAGGGUCUUCAGUCUAACACAUCACAGAAGGAGUUAGGGGGGCAUGGAGCCAUCGCUGAGCAGACCAUGGACGCCACAUUCCAUAAAUACCUGAGUGAGCUGGACCUGACGACGCUGAAAGAAGAAGGCUUCAUACCCGCCUCUGGUCAGAACGCGUUUCAUGUCCCCGGUUCCGUCGGAAAAGCAAUAAAGAAGGACGAACUCUACAAGAAACCAGACCCGACUGAAGAAAACAUCACGACGGAGAAGAAGGAGAAAGAUCCAGUCGGGACGGGACAGCUCGCCAUUGACAAACUCACCGGUGACAUGGUAGACCUUACCAAAAACCACACCGUCACCAAACCAAGCCCCUUGCCGACUCCCAUGAUGAACGCGUCCUACAAUGUAUCGACAAGUACUACAGCGCCGGUAGUCCAUAGACACGAGAAAACAGGGACAACAAUGCGACCUACCUCAUCCAAAGAUGACUAUACGACAGGGGGGUCAGGAGACUCCGGAAUUCAACAGGUUAACUAUCCUUCAAGUGGAAACGUAAAGAAGAUGCCUGUGCGGGGGUAUCCAGGACCACGCGGCCCCCCUGGUUGCCGUGGUCGUCCUGGGUUUAUUGGUCCUAAAGGCGAUAAGGGGGAUCCUGGUGUGAUGGGACGAGUGGGGAUGACAGGGAAUCCUGGGCCCCGAGGACCACCGGGAUUACCCACCAUAAUGAUAUGGAGCAACUCUCCUGAGGACUGGGCAGCAUUCUAUCAAACAUCGUUCUAUCAGCUGCUGCAUGCCGGCUGGCCUAGAAGACGUGGUCCAACAGGUCUCCCUGGUAUACAUGGAAGGCCCGGCAAUCCGGGUAUGACCGGAUCCCCAGGUUGGCCAGGCGUGAAAGGGCAGCGUGGUCACAUGGGGUUACCGGGUCCUCCAGGGACACAAGGACUAUCUGGCACUCCAGGAAGGGAUGGAGACCCUGGGCUAGAUGGGAAACCGGGAUCUCCAGGAAUAACAGGCCCAAAGGGAGUUCAAGGCUUUAAAGGAGAUCAGGGCCUUCCUGGAGACAGAGGAGAUGAAGGUUUUCUUGGAGCUCCUGGAUCCUGUGGGGAAAAAGGUAUCAAAGGAAUAAAGGGCACAAAAGGAGAACCCGGGCCCAUGGGGCUCAUAGGGGCGCAGGGCCCCAUGGGACACAAAGGACCCCAGGGCUUCCAGGGGAAUCCAGGAGUUAUGGGAGAAGUUGGUGUUCCUGGGCUCCGGGGUCCCCCCGGUCCAGAGGGUGAACAAGGACAGCCAGGAUUCCCAGGUGCUCAGGGGGUAAAUGGGUCCCAGGGAGAUCAAGGACCUGCAGGAGUCGGUGGUCACCCUGGACCUCAGGGCCCACCUGGGUUAGAAGGACUGUGUGGACCGCCAGGGAGAAGAGGACCACAGGGCAUGAGAGGAGCCGAAGGCCCACCAGGUCAGAAAGGAGACACGGGAGAACCAGGGCCUCCAGGUUUCCGAGGGGAACGAGGACCAGAAGGACCUAUGGGAUUAAUCGGAUGGUCUGGAAUGACUGGGCUGCCAGGAGACAAGGGUCGGCCCUCUGCAGAAGGAGAGAAAGGAGAUCCAGGGGUCAAAGGAGACAAGGGUUUUUGUGGCCCCUCUGGCCCUAAAGGUCCUCCUGGGAAACAAGGACAGCCUGGAUUUAUAGGGUUCUCAGGAGCAAAGGGACUUGUCGGCGCAUCUGGAGCCCUGGGUGAUGAAGGACAAAUAGGGCCUCCUGGUGCAAAUGGUAGUGACGGACCAAAGGGAAACCGUGGACCAGAUGGACCAAAGGGUAUGACAGGACCAAGAGGAAACCGGGGACGCAUGGGACAGAGAGGUCUUGUCGGAUUACCAGGACCUCCAGGUCAUCGUGGUGUUCAAGGUCCAGACGGCGCAGAAGGACUGCCUGGUAUACAGGGGCCAAUAGGUGCAGCAGGGGCUCCUGGGAUACGGGGACCUCCAGGUAUACCAGGACUUCGUGGGGGGGUAGGCAGAGAUGGACCUCCAGGCCCUCCAGGUCUUCCUGGUAGACCAGGGCCGGAUGGGGAGCCUGGACCUAUGGGAGAGAGGGGCUUCACAGGAAAACAAGGCCCCGAAGGACCACAAGGACCUGUGGGCAUGUAUGGUUUCCCUGGCCCUUCUGGUCAAAGGGGUCGGACAGGAUACCCUGGUGAGAAGGGAGAGAUCGGUCCACCGGGAAUGCCAGGACCUCCAGGAAAAGUUGGUUUGAAGGGACCAACAGGUAGUCACGGAGAAAGAGGACCCCCUGGACCACCGGGCCGUAUGGGUGAGACGGGAGACAAGGGCCUGCCGGGAUCCCCUGGUCCACCUGGUAAUUCUGGGUCUGAUGGGGAGUCUGGGAAGAGCGGACCUCCAGGAGAUCCUGGCCCCCCUGGGAUUGAUGGUGCUGUUGGACCUAUAGGAUAUACCGGUCGAGAAGGACUUCCUGGGGUUGACGGGCCUCCUGGUGAGAAAGGAGAGAAGGGCAUGAUGGGAACAAUUGGAGACCAAGGGGUCAGUGGGUUGGAUGGGGAGCAGGGUGCACCAGGUUCUACUGGAGCUGAAGGUCCAGUCGGAAAGAAAGGAGAACAGGGUGGCAUUGGUCUGCCAGGAAACAUAGGACCAGUUGGACCUAUUGGGGAUCCUGGAGAAAGAGGUUCACCGGGUCUGCCAGGUCCUCCAGGAGUGUCAGGAAAGGAGGGAGAUGUGGGGGAGAUCGGAGAUAUUGGAGAUCCUGGACCCCCUGGAGAUAAGGGAGAAUUAGGACCAUGUGGUAGUGCUGGAAAUCCUGGGCCAAGUGGAAUUAUGGGAGAGAGAGGAGCUCGAGGCCCUAAGGGUGAAAAGGGGCUGAUAGGACAUCAGGGUCAACCUGGAUUGAUGGGAGUACCUGGACCUCAUGGGCCUAUAGGAGACAUGGGACCACCUGGGAAAAUGGGAAGAGCGGCACAAGAUGGUCCAAGAGGAAUGAAGGGUGAUUUAGGUUUUCCAGGUACAUCUGGCGAUCCUGGACCACGAGGAGUUCCGGGGCCGCAUGGAGCAAAAGGAGAAAAAGGCGACCAGGGACACAGCGGGAACUCGGGUCCAGCGGGUCCACCUGGGAAUAAAGGUGCAGAAGGUCCGACUGGGAUCGCAGGACCUGAAGGACAUAAGGGGGACACAGGACCCGAGGGCAUUCCUGGAGUGCAGGGACCACCAGGAGCUGCCGGUGAGACUGGAGCAGCAGGGGCCCCUGGCAGAGAGGGUGCACAUGGCGAAAAAGGACAACCUGGGAAACCAGGGGAACCUGGACAAGUGGGACCCCUUGGGAAUCCAGGCCAAGAGGGAAGACCUGGACAGAAGGGAGAGAAGGGUGAAAAGGGGAAAGAUGGCCGCCCUGGAUCUUCUGGAAGCCAUGGUAGAAAGGGCAAGCGGGGGAAAGCAGGUCAAAGACCACCACGUGGGCCCCACGGUCUCAAGGGGGCACAGGGAAGACGAGGACCACUGGGGCCCCCAGGGCCAAGAGGACCAUAUGGAAUCCCAGGACUAAGGGGGCAGAAAGGAAUUCCAGGUCCUAAAGGGUCGAAGGGUGAUGUGGGCAUGGAUGGACCAUUUGGGCCAAAGGGAGAAGAUGGACUGAAGGGAAAACAGGGUCCCAUUGGGAAUGAUGGUCCGCCUGGGGAGAAAGGAGAUAAGGGAGUGAUCGGGCCUCCUGGGCCUCAGGGCGUUCCCGGACCUCAAGGUCUUCCAGGACCAGAGGGAAUACAGGGCCCCAAAGGGUUCCUAGGAGCAGAAGGACCGCCAGGUCCUCCAGGACCACCUGGUCCUCCUGGUGCUCCUGGACCUCCGGGGCCUUCUCUCAGCCUAAGCGCUCAAAGUUUAAAACGUCUGUUUCCCGACAAUGAGUUGUGGAACGACAUCGUCCCAUGGGAUCUCGUUCACCGUCUAGAAGAAGACUUGAAGCUCUUGUCUGCUCCGCCCAAUGGAACCAAGGAAAAUCCCGCCAGCACAUGUAAAGAGCUGAAGCUCGUCCAUCCGCAGCUACCAGAUGGUUAUUACUAUAUUGACCCAAACCAAGGAAGCCCAAAGGACUCUUUUCUGGUAUUCUGCAACUUUACAGCUGAGGGAGAAACCUGUGUACCUGCCCAGGAGAGCCAGAUCCCAGUGAAGUCGUGGCUGCAGAGUUACCAGGCGCAGCAAGGAUUCCAGUGGUUCAGCACCCUUCCGGGGGGCUUUUCUCUCACGUACGGCGAGCUCAAUGUGGUUCAGCUGCGCUUCCUCAGGCUGCAGAGUCUACAUGUACGUCAGCAGCUGAGAUACAUCUGUGUAGCCCGGCCAGACCGUCCGGCCUCCGACAAGGAUGUCAAGUUUCUGGCUGACACAAGAGACCAGAGCUUUUUGGUGACACUACAGGGAUGUGAGGUUGGAGACUCUUUCAACAGAACAGAGACCCUCCUCCAUUUUGAACCCAGGGACCCAUCUUUACUCCCUGUUCGGGACUUAGCCCUAUUUCAUGAUGGGGAUGCAGAUCACCUUUACGGCUUCUUUGUGGGCCCCGUGUGCUUCAGCUGAGGAUCCGUGUUCUCCCUUUUGAACUUUUGGCAACCUGCCCAGGUCAAGGGUGGAAGCCCCACAUUAUUUAUACAGAAAGAUAUCAGAUGGGCCCCUUUUACCCCUCUCUCAGGAAGGGAGACUUAAGUUUGUUUACAAAGAAACUCUUGGUGCUCGGAAGUCAAAAACUUCACCCGAAUCUCCUGGCGAGAACCACACACACACCUCAAGACGUCCACCUCAGCGGACCUAUGUUCUCAGGGCAGAAGUCCAACCUCUUAAUGCACUUAUUUAUCAACUUCACUUGGUGCUCUUUGGACCACUACAAGGAGAAUUGGUGCUUUGUAUGUUUGAAGAACAAGUGUGUCACACUAUUGGAUUGUACGGGUCCACCCAUUAUCAUUCCCAAACCAGUCUUCACAACUUCAUGGUCUUUCAAUGCCACAUCUGCAAUGGAGUUGGGUUCAUCCUCGGCAAUCAUGAUCAAGAAUUCAGGGUCAUAUAUGUCUCCAGGCUGCGGUGCACAUUAUCGACAUUGAUGUGAAGCAGAACAUUCACUGGGGUAGCAUUGUGUGGCCGAAUGUCAAGCAAUGAUAUGAACGAAACCCAUCGCUGUCUUAAAUUCGUUGGUGCUCAACCAAUAAGAAGGAUUACGUACAAUCACGUAGGGAGACCCUGUGGAUGCUACGGGACUCAGUAGGGGGUAGCCCAGUUCUGGUUACUCCCUUCUCUUCCCAUGGGUGCUAUAAACUUGCAUAGAACUGGCCUCUCUCUACAGGUUUUUAACAAAAAAGUAGGGACCAACUCAAGGGUCUUGAGAGAGAAUGCAAACAAGUGUCCUCCAAUUUUAAGACUGAAUGACAAUGCCAUAAGAAGACAAGUGCUCCAUUUUAAUAAGGGGUCUCUUUAAAGCAUUUGCUUGGUUUAGGCCAAUUUUUUUUCCCAAGAACUUGCUCUCUUCAUUGGAUAAAUAAAAAGGUGAUAUUUUCUUGUAUGUCGUGAAUAAGCAGGCCAUUGGUUUUGGAGCACUCGUACUUUCGUACGUUUAGACGAUCCAGGCAAAGGCCACAGCUUACGUUUCCAAUCAUAUGGGUAAGGCCUGUGCUGAGGAUAGAAAACCCAUUCAUUUACAUAUAUAUAUUUGUACUGUAAUACAGCUUGGGUCUGUUGCUUGUCUUUCAUUGGUAUGUAAAUCAGCAUUAAAGGGGUACUCCGGUGGGAAAAAAUGUUUUUUCUUUAAAUCAA